UAAAUCGGUCCUCUGAAAAUGGCGGAUGAAAAACAUGUAACAGAAAUCAAAGACAUUCGUCCAAGUUCAAAGAAUAUUAACUGUAUAUUUAUCUGUCUAGAAGUAGGGAAACCAACCCAGACUAAAGAUGGCCAUACCGUUCGUUCAUGUCGCGUGGCCGAUAAAAGUGGUUCUAUUAACGUAUCUGUUUGGGAUGAGUUUGGAGAUUUAUUGCAGCCAGGAGAUAUUAUAAGAUUUACGAGAGGAUAUGCUAAUAUUUGGAAAGGUAGCCUUACACUAUACACAGGGAGAAUGGGAUCUCUGGAAAAACUAGGAGAUUUCUGUUUAGUGUUCUCUGAGGUUCCCAAUAUGAGUGAUCCUUCUUUAGACAUUGUCAAGAAAUUUAAGCAGCAAAGUGAGCAAGGUCGUAGUUCACCCAACUCAUCAACCAACACUCCAAACACAAGGUCUCAACCACAACCACCCCAAGAAACCACCCCACCAUCGAACAACCAGCACCAACCAGUACAACAGCAAAAUAAUUCACAACGAUUCAACCCUUUCCAACGACCAGAGCCUAUGGCACCUACUGUCACUAAGUCUGAGACCUUACGAGAUCCUCGUUUGAGAUCAAGGGGUAAUAACAAUAGUGAUGGUAAUAAUAAAACUACUGCAACAAUUGGAAACAGUAGUGGAAGUGGUGCUGAUCACGGCUCCCGUAAUGUAAUUAAUAGCAGUAGAGACCCAAGAAUGCGCCGGUGAUGUUAUUUUGAAUUCAGCCAACUUGUACUGUUGGGGUUCCUGUGUGGUACAAGAGAUACUGUACUUGGUCUUUCCCCUUCACGUCACAGUAUCACACCACAGGACUCCCAUAAGAUAGAGUAGCCAGCAGAGGGGGUUCUAUUAUUAUUGAAUCUAGUAUUAGGAUUAAUAUAAUUAUUAUUAUAUUAUUUGUAUACAGGGUAAUUUGUAGUGUAAGUUAUUUUUUUAAUACAAAUAUCUACUUUUGAAUGCAUCAUAAAGCUGAAAAAAAUAUUUCACCUUAUGAAAAAAGCUAAAAUUAAGAAAUUCAUUGCUUGGCGUUGGCAGCUCCUUCAGUUAAAAUUCAAUUGCCAUCAUAAAGGGGCGAUCACACGGAGCAAUUUUCUUUGCAACUUUUCUCGCAACGGCGUUGCAUGGAGCAUUGCAGCGUGUAACCUACAGCGCAAUUUGAUAAAAUGUUGCGAGACAAGAUGCAGCAAUCUUUGCGAAAAGUAGAAUUUGUUUCUAGUUUUGGCACUCCGGCAUAACAAUACCAAAAAACAAUAUAAGCUUUACAAUCUAUACAAAUGAAAUAUGUUAUAAAUUAGAAUUACGAAUCGUCACUAAUAAUUUAAUUGUAUUUAAUUAAUAAAAAUGAUGAAUGAAACUCAGAGUGAUUUUAUAUAACCCGUGAAAGAAAAAUGACUAUUUAGUUAGAACUAGUUGACAAAAAAACAAUAGGCUUGGAGUCUAAUACUAAUAUGCGUAUUAUUUUUUCACGGGAUAAAAUCACUCUAUCAGAAGUCCAGGAUAUCUCUAAAAUCCCCCGUAGUUUUCUCUUUUCGAAUUCGUUUCAAAUCAUAGCUGAUAGUGUGUAAUUAAAAUCAGAAUUUAAAAGGAA